AUGUCCUCGCCCAACGACAUCAACGUGAACCAACACCCUUCUGCCACGGACAUUGCGGAAGCAACGAAGCCAUCGACGACGGCACCAUCCGCUUCGCUGUCCAUCGACUCGAUCAAAUCGAUCGUGAACGAACAAGUCGAAGCGGCCACCAACCUCACUGCCGCUGCCCGUCAUAACAUCUUGGAAGGGGCCACGGAUGUGUGGACCACCGUCAAGCAACCCUUGACGGAAGUGGUGCAAGUGAUCCGAAAUGCCAACUCGGCCGGGGUGGGGACUCCCUUGCGCAAGUCCAUCGCCGACGUCCGUUUGGCUGCCAGCGACACAUUGAUUUCCGUCGAGGGCACAGUCAAGGACGCGGAAACGUCGUUGGAAAAGAACCUGAUCCCCGUGAAGGACGCCUUUGCCGUCGUGCAAGAAAAUGCGGCCAAAUUCAACACAUUCCGCAAAGCGUAUCCUGCGGUGGUGGUUGGAGGCGCCGCCUUGAUUUUCGGCCUUCCCACGCUCUUGCUGCGCGGCAAAGCACGGGGUGUGUUGAACGCGGUGGGCGCUGCCGGAGUCACUGCGGGCGCCAUUUACGGCGCCGAUGAAUGGGAAAAACGGCAACAACAACAGGCAUAA